AUGCAAAAGCGACAACUGGAGGAGAAAGCUAAGGGUGAUGAAACUUUACGAGAACAAUUUAAAGAAAUGGAACGAAGGUUGAGGGAAGAAAUAACUGAGAAAGAUGCGAGACAAGUAGUUUUGUGUGAACAGAUCACAGAAAAGGACCAGCAGCUAACGGAGAUGAUACAACAAUUGACAGUGACAGAGGAGCGAGAAGAAGAUCUUAAGACGCAGGUAAGGAAUGUAGAAGAACAGCUGAGAGAGAAUGAGGAUCGAGUUGAGAAUUUACGAACGAACCUGAAAGAUGUUGAGCAACGAUUAACGCAGAAAGAGACACAAAAAGAAAAUUUACGAUCAGACCUAGAGCAGAUGGAGCAAAGGAUGAAAGAAGAAUUAACACAAAAGGAAACGAGAGAAACUGAGUUGCGCAAACAGCUUAGAGAAAGGGAGGAGCAGGCUGUGGACUGUCAGAGACAUUUGAGCGGGAUGGAACAGCAAUUGUCAGAAAAAAACCAUCAAAACGAAACUUUACUAAGACAAAUUAGGGAGAUGGAACAACGAUCGAGAGAGGUUACAGCGGAGAAUGAGUUGAGAGAAAAUGAGUUUCGUGAACUAAUCAGAGAGAGAGCAAGAACUGAGGGAGACGGCGCAUCAGUUGAUUGAGAAGGAGCAUAAAGAGGAGAACUUACGCGCGCAAAUAGGGGUGCACUUAAUGGAACAACGGCUGAGAGAAGAAAUGAUAGAAGAAGCUACAAGGCUAGGUGAACAGCUUAGAGAAAGGGAUUAAGAAAUAGGAAACUUUCAGAUACAGUUGCAAGAGUUGCGUGAACAACUCAGAGAAAAUGAUCAGCAUUUAGCUACCCUUCGAACGAAGCUGGAGGAGCGAUUUAGAGAAAUUGUAGCAGAAAAUGCAAAUCCACGACAACAGGUUGUUAACCUCGAGAAUCAAGCCGGAUCGCAGUCCAAUGACUGGGUAAUUUCCUGGGAUGAUAUUCAGUUGACUGAUAAAAGCCUUGGAGUUGGAGGGUGGGGCGAGGUUUUCGAGGGCAGGUACUGUGGUUGUUCUGUUGCCGUGAAGCAAAUCCAUGAGGCAAUUAAUUCGCCUUACGACCAGAGUUUGUUCCAGAGGGAAAUUGAUAUUGCUUCAAGAUGCCGACACCCUUGCUUGCUGCAGUUUAUUGGAGCGACUAAUGACAAGAAAAUUCCAUUGUUUGCUACUGAGCUGAUGGAAUCAAAUUUGCGCGAGCUACUCAGACAACGACGUCUUUCCCGUAAGGAAAUCACCGUAAUUUCGCUCGAUGUGGCUCGAGCGUUGAACUGCCUCCACCAAAAGAAACCUUUCCCUAUUUUUCACCGCGAUGUUAGUAGCGGCAAUGUGUUGCUAUGGCAACAGGGUGACCAAUGGCGAGGCAGUGUCAGAUUAUGGCUCUGCUAA